AUAUUACAAUGUAUGUGUGAAUGUGAAUUAUAUAUAUAUGCAGAAAGCAUAUCCACGGCAUGAGAGAGAGUUGUGUGGAGGAGGGAAACAAGAAAAUGAUCAUGAAUAUGAUUUUGAGUGUAUUCAACAUCCAUGGUGGUUGGGGUAUUCUUGUGGCUGUUCUUCUUCUUCUUAAUAUAUUGUUUCUUUUACAGCACCGUAACAGAUUCUUCUUCUUCUUCUUCGCCCCAUCUUCAUCUUCAUCCACAUCGUCUCUCAUCUCCGAUUCUAUCAAUUCUAACCUAAGAACCUCAAAGAUUGUGACAGAUGCAGAUUUGAAGUUUUUAAUGGAGAUUUUGGACGAAAAACUAAAUGAGAAUGAUAAAUGGGAGGAUGUCAUAGAUAAAAGAAACCAUCAUCUAUACUACAAUGCAAAAUGCAGCAAGCCUAAGGAUGGUCCGCUGAGAUAUUUGAGUGUGACUGUAUUCAAUGAUGUUUCGGCUGAGAUGCUAAGAAACUUCUACAUGGACAAUGACUACAGAAAGCAGUGGGAUAAGACAGUGGUUGAGCACAAUCAACUGCAGGUGGACGAAUCUGAUGGUUCUGAAGUUGGUCAGACAAUUAAAAAGUUCCCUCUUUUGAGUCCUAGAGAAUAUGUGCUAACUUGGAAAUUGUGGGAGGGAAGAGAUAAAACCUUUUACUGUUAUAUGAAGGAAUGUGAACAUCCUUCAGCACCACGGCAGAGAAAAUAUGUACGAGUUGAGCUUUUUAGAUCUGGCUGGCGAAUAAGAAAAGUACCUGGUAGAAAUGCCUGUGAGAUCACUAUGUUUCAUCAGGAAGAUGCUGGUUUGAACAUGGAGAUGGCAAAACUGGCUUUCUCCAAAGGCAUAUGGAGUUAUGUAUGCAAGAUGGAUAAUGCGCUUAGAAGAUACUCUUCUGUAAGCCGCCAUUUAUCCAGUUCAGUUACCACUUCAGUCAAUUUAAUGCAGAAGGUACCGGCUUGCUUGGAAUCUAGUACUGGCAACAUAUCUUCAGUUCAUCCUACUAUCAUUAAUCAUGAUGAUCAAGUUACUAACGAAUCUCAAGUGCGUGCCUUCUCAAGAAGGCCAUCAAGGAAGUUGGUAGCCAAUGGUUUGCUGCUUCUGGGGGGUGCAGUAUGCCUGUCUCGUGGUCACUCUAGCCUAGGUGCUAAAGUUGCGAUGGCAUACAUCUUCACAAAACUUAGUAAGCGUUGUACAAACUCAAACCAAACAAAACCAAGUUGAAUAAUGAAGUAAACCAUGUGUUGCAAGUGUAAAAUAUUUAUACUACCGUUCAACAACUUUUUAUAGAAUGUAAAAUUAGUCAACUCCGGUGUUGAAUCAAUCUUAUCAAAUUUUAUAUAAUUUUGACAUACUGAAUUUGUAAUAAUAUAGUAUGUUAAGAAAAUUGAGUCGAGAUGUGUAAACUUGAUUUAGUUCGACUUGAAA